CUGAGCUAAAUUCGGUUGGUCGAUAAACGUGGUCGGAAGCAGUGAAUAGGUCGUCGCACGGAAAUUGGUCGGUUCGUUCCGUCGGUAGUCGCAGUCGAGAUAAGUCGGUCCCUUUCUAUAGGCGUUUCGCACACGUUCGCCUGUCACUCAUACUCGACUUAACAUUCCAAGGGUCGGGAUCCGUCUAUCACACGCAUCUUCAAUUUUGUUCCUUGGUAAGUGUGAUCGACCGCUGACCUAGCGAGUACCCUUGUGUAGCGAUACCAAAUCUACAGCAAACGUCACCAUGUACGCCUGCAGCCGAUUUAUCGCACCCGUUGCCAAGUCCACUCUGGUCUCCGGCACCAAGACCUAUCUACGGCCGCUCAGCAGUGCCGUGAUCAGCCAUAGCCAAUACUUACAACAGAAUCAAAUUCAAACGCCCGUCAGUUUGUCACCUAUUGUGCGCAGCUUCCAGACCUCCACAGUCAGUCGUGACAUAGAUUCCGCUGCGAAAUUCAUUGGCGCUGGUGCUGCUACCGUGGGGGUAGCAGGAUCUGGCGCUGGAAUUGGAUCUGUGUUCGGUUCAUUGAUCAUCGGCUACGCCAGGAAUCCUUCCUUGAAGCAACAGCUGUUUUCAUAUGCCAUCCUGGGCUUUGCCUUGUCUGAAGCUAUGGGUCUAUUUUGUCUUAUGAUGGCUUUUCUGCUCCUAUUUGCCUUCUAAGCCACGAUAUAAGAUACUGCUGAUAUAGUUUUAGUGCGUCACUGCCAAGGCAGCGUCGUCCGGCUCUACAGGAAAGACGGCGACUGUCUCUGGUUGCGCGGAAUGCCAUGAAAUUAUUAGAGAAGCUCGGAUUUUUCAUGGCUCGCGAUGGGACGCGACGGCGCGACAAUGAACGAGAAUUUCAAAAAAUUGUAACACAUUGUGCGGCCCGUCCUGACCCCAUCCAAUCCUUCAGCUUGUUUGUAAUCAUUUCAUGGCCUACUGUCUCAUGUAGCAUAUAAUUCACAUUGUUAUGAAAUAAUAAAUUUCAUUGUAACGAAUGAGUAAGACAUUGAAAGUUGAAAUUAUAAAAAAAAAGAAAGCGACAGCCUCACCCGCAUACCCAUACAAUACGCACGUAUAUACUCUGUUAGAGUGUCCUAUGUGACAUAGUACAUUUUUCGAUAAUCUUUUUGUUAUCUCAAGGAUUCAUUAUUGUUGUGCCGCCGUGUACGCACGUUAUUAAGAUUAUUCUUGACGAAAAAAGAAGAAAAACUGUACAGUAAUACCGAAUAAACAUCUUUGUCGUGAAA